GGUGGGAGGUCCCCAAUCCUGGGAGAAAAGCGAAGAGAGACUGGGGUGGCCAAGCCAGUCCAGCAACCAGGCUCCAGGCUCGGUGUCGGGGAAGAAGCCAAGAGUGGUAGGGGGAUCUCCUUGCUAGAGACCGCUUCUUCCUCUGCAGGAAUCGGGGAGGCACUGGGGAGGAGGCCGGAGCUGCAUGGAGUUUCUGGGGCGCUCAACUCCGGCGGGGCCUCGGCCACUGGGCUCCCGGGCGCAGCGAGGAGGCAGCCGCGCACAUGGGCUAAGCCCGCGCGGCCAGCGGGCGCGGGAGGGGUAGAGGCGAGAGCGGUGCAGGGGGUGCGGGGCGCACGUUCCCCCAGACGGGUGGCGAGGACAAGGACAGGGGAGAAAGGAGCAGCCUAGAUCACCCCGCGGGCUCUGCAAAGCCCAUCUGUGAGACUCAAGGGAAAGGCAAGACUCGCGCCGGGCUCCCGGGUGCCGCUGGGUUGGGCAAAGCGGCCUCCCAACCGGAGUGGGGGCACGCCGUGGGAGCCGGCUACGGAGAGGAAGGAUGCCCGCGCGGGGACGCGUGUGAGCGCCAGGCUGAGCGCUCGGGUUCGCGUCGCCCCCUCCCUGCGGGCCUCGGAGGAGGUGCCUGGGCUGCCGGGCAGCGGAGCUCCGGCUCCAGGAGAGGGAGAAGAUGCCGUUCCACCAUGUAACCGCUGGCUUGUUGUACAAGGGGAAUUACCUCAACCGAUCUCUGUCCGCAGGCAGCGACAGCGAGCAGUUGGCUAAUAUCUCCGUGGAAGAACUAGAUGAAAUCCGAGAAGCCUUCCGUGUUCUGGACAGAGAUGGCAACGGCUUCAUCUCCAAGCAGGAGCUGGGCAUGGCCAUGCGCUCCUUGGGGUACAUGCCGAGCGAAGUGGAGCUGGCUAUCAUUAUGCAGCGCCUGGACAUGGACGGAGAUGGGCAGGUAGAUUUUGAUGAAUUCAUGACGAUUCUCGGGCCCAAGCUGGUGUCAUCAGAAGGUCGGGAUGGUUUUCUUGGAAAUACGAUAGACAGUAUCUUCUGGCAGUUCGACAUGCAGAGAGUCACUCUGGAGGAACUGAAGCACAUCCUGUACCACGCCUUCCGGGAUCACUUAACGAUGAAGGACAUUGAGAACAUUAUCAUCAAUGAGGAGGAGAGUUUGAACGAGACCUCGGGGAACUGCCAGACAGAGUUUGAAGGAGUUCAUUCGCAGAAACAGAACCGACAGACCUGCGUCCGCAAGAGCCUCAUAUGCGCCUUUGCCAUGGCCUUCAUCAUAAGCGUCAUGCUGAUUGCAGCCAACCAGAUCCUGCGGAGCGGCAUGGAGUAGGAGGAGCAGCCUUCCACCAGCCACACCGCGUUGCCAGCUCACUGCGCAUGUGCAUGCCCCGCGGGCAGACUCUGUUCCUUCACACAGGAGAUCUGGACCUAUAUGGAUGGAUGCAGGCGUUGGUACCCUUCAGUAAAGAACUCAAGUUUGCAGUGCAACCGGGGUCACGGAUCAACUCCAUCUCCUUGGCAGGGACACAAAAGGGCUGUCUUCAAUGCUUUCAUGGUUUUGUUUCCCAAUGCAAUAAAUAGCCAGGAGUUCUCAAUUAUUGCUUCAACCGCCAGUAGCAACUCUGAAGUGGGGGGAAAAUACUGCUUUCUUUUCGUCUUGGAAUUCCAGUAGCCAUCCAGAUAGCAUGGUGGCAUCUGAGAGCGAGAAAGAAAAGACAGGUGUAAGCAACAGUCACCUCUAUCCACAUGACCCAAUUCUUUCAACCCAGGGACCCACGGAGACUCCCUGCUGAAGUUGACUUCUGGGUUGCUACAGAAAAGGGGACUUUCCAUCUCACCCUGGCUUCCUUCCUCCACCCAGUGGAGACCCCUCCCGCCAAGGCAUGGAGGGGGAAAGCCAUUAAGCAGGGCGCAGCUCCUUGCGGUCCCUGCUGUUCUUAAUCGCCUUUUCUACAGGACGCUUGCCGGUAGAGCUGGGGCACUCUCGGUUGGUUUCCAUGGCUCUUCUUGGCUUUCUGUUUCUGAAGUCCACCCCGCACCAGCAUCUUGGAAUCUGCAGAGAGCCUGGCUCCCAGCUUUCUUGCCUGUGCCACCAUUAGAGAAAAAAGAAAAAAAGAAAAAAAAAAAACCUAUAACCCGUGUGUCUCUAUAACCCAGACACGUAGACAGACAAGAGACUUUCCCACGUGUGAUGCUAUUCUUCCCAAAUUGCUUACUUUGGACACCCCUAUCUAUGCUUCUUUAGAGCAGAGGGUGAAGUAACUGAGGUAGGGAAGGAUUGGGUCCGGCGGUGAGAAGGCCCACACCCCAGCCAUCCGAAGUAAUAGAGUCCCUCUGAGUCGCCAUAUUUGACAACAUCUGUAAGUUAAGAUUGGCCUACAUCUAACCUUCCCUUCAUCUCAGACUUUAUUAGCAAGCCUUUCUCCAGCUAAGAAAAGGAGACCUAGAAAGCUUGAAGCAGAAAUAUGGAAGGAUCCAAUUGCUGUAUUUUGCUUAAUAACUCAUGAUAUUCAGGUUGUGCCAAUGACUCAUUAAAAAAAAAAAAAAAAAAAAAAAAA